CGACUCUCAACUGAGUUAUUUGUAUUCUGCUUUUAACGCGAGUUGGUUGUGUUUUUGUGGACGGAAGAAAUACAGAUCUUAAUUUUGCAAGCCAACUUUAUUCUUCUGAUUUUUUAUUUAGUACAUAAACUGAAUUCAACACAACGUCUGUUGUAUCGCGCAUCGUCGUUGGUAUACGUGUGUAUUUGUGUGUCUGCUACUGCUGCCCGUCCCCAUUUAUUGUAGUGACAAAAACAACAACAAAAUUGAAGAGAAAUUAAUGAAUAAAAAAAAAAAAACGAGAAUACAAAGAAAUAAAUUAAAUUAUUAAAGAAGAAAUAAAAGCAAGGAAGAAACGAAAAGCUGCAAAUAAAUGUUAAUUACUAAAUGCAAAUACAAGUAUUUGUGAAAUAAAGAAAGAAAAAAUAAUUUUAAACAAAGAAGAAAAGAAUUUCAAAGUUGAAACCAGAUAUUCCAAGCAGACAGCGUAAUAGGAAACGAGAAAAAAUAAACGAAACUGCUGUGUGGAAAUUUUUAUUAUUACAGAAGAGUACUAUAAAAAUUAUUUUUAAAGAUUGUCUGUGCUGCACAGAACAACACAAAGCGCAAGAAAGAGGAAGAGAAAACCUGAAAAAGAACGGAAUAAACCAGCAGAAGAUAAAGGGUUUUAUGAAAACAGCAACAACAACAACCGAAGCAACAUAACCCAGAGAAUUAACCUUACACACACAUAUAAAUUACGGAAAUAAUUAACGCAACUACUAGAAAGAAAAAAAAGAAAAUCUCAACGAUCAUCAUCCGCAAAUUAAAAAAGGAGAAAACCCCUAAAGGUGUAGGAGUAUAGAACUAUAUACUUGGGAAUUAUUUGUUGCGUGACAUUUUGGGAAAAAGAAAAACAAACGACGUUUCAGCUUUAACCUACAUCAUUAUCAUCGUCCAUUGUCAUCAUUGAACCACAAAGUCGUCUUAGUAUUUGAUAAAGAAAUACAGUUUGAAAAACGUAGCAGCAACUACAAUAUAGGAGCGCCCCCCCAAGCAGUAGUACACGCAGAUAUUGUUUCCACUUACCGUCAACGGGACAUGUCAUGUCAGCAAGCAUCAAGAUUCAUAGCAACAAACUGCAACUCUACCAUUGCCGCCAACAGCGCCAACAACAAACAACAACAACCACAGUUCACUUCAACAACUAACAUUAACACAACCAGCAACAAUAUAACAAGAAUUGUUGCAGCCGAAGAUCCGUAUGUGUUCACAGAAUCAGUGCCAACCACACCACCCAUAUUAUUUAAUACUCAGAAGUCUCGUUCCCGGUUAAGUGAAAUAAUCGGUGGAACCACAAUCAGCUUAGCUAACGUACAACAACAGCAAAUAACAACAACACAAACCAAUGGCAAGUUAGCAGCUAUCAAGACGCAGGCGUCUUAUGAUAAAAAAUCAUCAACAACAUCUCCCAAUUCUCUAAGUAGUUCUCUUAAAAAUGUAACAACGCAAUCUCUGGCCAACGGCAAGGCAGCGACGACAACAACAACAACAACCCACAACAAAAAAGUUACAAACGUCUGCAUUGUAAGGCCACAAUUGCAACAACAGCAACAACAACCACAUCAUGUGAUUAACUCCUCUUGCUCGGGGUUAGAGGAAGACUUGAAAUCUAUAUCACCGCCACCGUUAUAUACACCGCCAACACCCUCAUUAUGGCAAACACCGCUCCUAAUAGAAGCUGCGCCUGCGGCGGCAGUGCCAACUCCACCAGCCACGCCUGCAUCAACACAGAACAGUGCAUUGUCACCAAGUGGUGGGAAUAUGGUUGGCCUAAGCACAAGUAUCGGCGGGGGAUGCAACACCUCCACAACGGCGGUUAUGGCCAAAGUAGCUCCCAUUGUGGUGCAACCAACACCUACAACAGCUCCUUUGGCGGCCUCAUGUUUGCCACCAUCGAAAUUCCACAACCACACAAUGGCCCAACAUUUGCAAAAGCUAGAAUGUUUGAAGAAACCAAAAAAGUCUGUACAACCAAUGGCAUCACCGCCAACCCCACCGUCUCAUCCCUUUGGGGAGGAUUUGUUGAAGAGCAAAGCCCUCGCCUGUUUCCCCUCCUCCGUGGAGCCGUUGGUGGUUGAUAGUGACAACAUGAAGUCUGGCAAACAUUCCGAUAGUGAAGAAUUGAAUGAAAUUCCGGUUAAUGUUAUCUUUCGCAUGGCCUUAAUGCCCCAGCAACAAGAGCAGCAAGAGCAGAGUCAGAAUGAUAACCCGUGUAAAAAACAAAAUAAAAUCACAACACCCGCCGCCGCCAAUAACAGAUUAACCUCUUCAUUGUCAACAACAAUAACAACGAGCACGACGACAUCGUCAUCAUCAUCACCGACACCACCUCCUCAAAAUAAAAUGAAUCGGAAUCGUUUAGCCACAGCAUCAAAUACACCCGCCUCGAGAAUUCAUUACACAGAACAGCAACAACAAAUCAUUACGUCUUCCAAACAGCAGCCGCCUCAACAGCAUCGACACCAACAACAGUCGACAAAAUUGCAGCAACAGCAGCAGCGACGAGUGAGAGUGACGCAAGACUGUGUCUUAGAAAACUCACAUGAAGCUAAUGAAACCGAAACUUUGGAAAAGUCCAUUCCAACUUGUAGACCACAACAACCAACAACAUUGUCAAAAUCAAAAAUUUCGAAUACAAAAUCCCCCAACAAUGCCCGCAAAUCUAGUACUGUUCACCAGUCGCAACAUUUGGAUAAUUACCCCAGCGGUUGCUCUACCAACUCGAAAGGUGCCGUAGCCAUUGUUAGAUUAUCUCACCAUCCCAAUGAAGAUCCCGCUGCUAUGGAUAUAUCUCAUUUGGCCACAGCAACUGGUUUGCCCUAUUGUAUACAGCAUUAUUGGUUUAACUCCUAUGAAUUUCGUAAACCUUCAGUGGCGGCGGUGUCGGGCAAGAAAAUAAGUCGUUCUGCCUUGAGGGAGGAACGCAUAGCAUGCUACCGACAACAACUACAUCGCCAGGCUAUACAAAUGCUUUCUACAAGAUCUCUACAGAAAAUACCCUUGGCGGCAGCCCGUCGACGUCUCAUGUGUGUUGAUCGUUUGCUGAGAAAGUACUACAAACAAAAUGAAAAGGGACUGCCCGCCAAUGUCAAGCCUUGCGCUUUCGCAGGCUGUGAUGGUCAAGCUUUGGAGAUGGCUACACACUGCCAAAAACAUAUCGUCUUGAGUGCUGGCAAGGAGCUAUUCUUUCCUUGUACUGCUAAAUUUGCCGAUAACACACAAUGUCGAGUACCAGUAUUUGAUAUAACACAUGAUUUGCCACUGUGUCUGGAGCAUGCCAGGAAACGUGAUGCAUAUAAUCGUCUGUUAUAUGAGCAGAAACCACGUAAACUCACAGCAACACCCACAUCGGCAUCCAUUGUUUUGCAUAAAAAUGUCACACAUAAAACUGCUACAAUUUCAUUGGGAAAACAGAGCAGCAACAAACAACAACGACCGCCCUCCUCCACAACUGUUGUGAACAUUGGCAAUCAACAGCAGCAAACACCAAUACGUAAAAGAAAGCAAACUGGUAACCCAGUUGGUAGACCACAAAAGCGUCCAAAGAAACUGCAAGAUGCAUCUACAUUGUCAUCGGCGACAACAGCAAAUGCUGUGUCCAAUGUCAUGCAAACAGCAUUGUCAACGAAUCAGUUGCUGCCACGUUUACCCUCAACGGGUUUGCGUCGCAAGGGCAGUACCACAUCAUUAGAAUCCAUAGCCAGCAAUUCGCAGCAUUCAACAACGUCCAACACCUCGCAACCACCACAAUCAACACAACAGCUCUAUUCCAUGACCAGCAAUAGCAGCAACACCUCAUUCUCAAAUCAACAGCAAGCUUUGGUAAACACAUUGCCACCACCAGCUCUAGCUCCACUUAGUACUGGCGGUUUUAUGGCCAAUAACAGUUUACCACAACAUUUGUUUAGUUUUGGACAUGACACCACUUCAAAUGGUCAAAUAAAUAAACAUUCCUCUUUGGUCAAUAAUAUAAACAACAACAAUAACAACAAUAGCAGCACAUCCGCCAUUUCACCAACAACAGAAUUCAAGGAUUUCAUAUCCAGUUUGACUAGUUUUACAUCUGCCCAACUGCAUAAACCAUCUACAACCAAUUCCGCUUUACAAACAUCUUCACUUUUGGAAUCAACCGAUCCUAUGACCAUUAAUACAAAUUCCAAUUCUAAUUUUACUUCUUCGGGUAUGGGUUCAACCACAUCAUUGCCCACCGCUGCAGAUGAUUUCCUCAGCAUAUGUGAGAAUAGUUCAGCCAGUUCUGUCGACACUGGUUUAGGAGGUUUAAGUGAUCCCGAAUUGAUGUUAGGCGGUCCCGAUGGUGAUGAUAUACCUUUGGGCGAUACACAUUUGCUGGAAGAGAACGAUUUGGCAAAUGUUUUGAAUUCUUUGCCAGAGGAUGCAUUUAAGGAGUUGUUUGCAACAGUCCAUCAAGAUGAAAGUGAUGAAAUUGAACGAGCCAUUGAACUUGCCGACAAACAUCUGAAAACUUUACAACAAACCAUUGGCUCCGAAUUGGGAGAUUUUCUUGAUUUUAGCGAUGAUAUGUUGAUGGAUAAUGGCGAUAUAUGUAAUACAGAGGGUGUGACUGCUGUACCUAAUGGUAUUCUGGAUACUGCAUCUUUGUUUGCAGGAACUAAUGUAGUUGGUGGUGGUUUACCAAUUGGUAGUGGCGGUGUCGGUGGAAGUGUAGUACUGGGUGGUGUUGGAGGAUCAACCACCUCUGUGAACGAUAUCAGAGGUUUAGUGCAAACGUAAACAAGAAAUGCCAACAACAUACAACAAAACUUUGGAUAUAAUUGUUGUUGUGUAUGAGGAUUUGCCCGGCACCGAUGAGGUUAGAAAGAUUUCUAACAUAUUCUUUUUUAUAAGUAUACAAAAUAAAAAGUUAAUUUUAAAUUGUAUUCGAAUUAAUUUUAAUUUUUUCUCCUUCUAAGAAAUUUAAAUUAUAUAUUUAGGAAUAACACUAUGGCCUUUUUCAAAUGUAAUUUAAAGAAUUUUAGACUUUUUUAGAAAUGUCAAAUGAAAGUUUUUAAAUUAGAUGGCGAUAUAAAUGCCGAAAACAAUUGUAAAAUUCAGAAUUUCAAAAAUUGAAAAUUAAGAUUUAAUAAAAAAGUGUGUGGAAACUGCAUAAAGUUCUUUGAAUUACAUUGGAACAUGCUAUCGUAUUUUGUUCUAAGCCGAUUAUAAUAUAAAAUAAAACAAAAAUAACAAAAUGUGAAAAUGUGUGUAUUUGCUUGUUUCUAAAGCAAAAAAGAACAAGAAACUAAACAAACAAAAAAAGAAAAAAAAAAAAAAACAAAAUUAUUGUAAAAUAUGUAUUUUUCUGUUCAAAACGCUUAUUUUUCAAUAUUUUUUAAUAUUUGUAAUUAUUAUGUUAAUUUUUAUAAUUUAUAAGAAAUCUUAAUGUUUGAAAACUAAAAUGAACUUUAAGGCUUGAAUGUAAAACAAAACAAAAAAUUAUAUAUCAAAAACAAACCAUUUUUUAUUUGUAAACAAUUGAAAUUAAAUCAUUUUAUAAAAAUAUAUUUAAAAAUUCAUUACUUUUAAAUUUUUGAAUUUUAAGAACAAAAUUUAGGCUUUGCUCAAAAACAUACGUUAUUUUUUAUUAUUUUAAAUAUUCUUUUUUUAGAUUUCUAAAAAAAUAUUUCAAAUUAAAACUUAAAAAAACUGAAAAGGCUAUUUAACAUUAAAAACAAGAAAAACAAUACACAACAAAAAAUAUUCCAACAUUAAUAACAACAAAUAAACAACAAUGAAAUAUGUAUUAAAAAUUACUAAAUACAAAAAGUUUUUAAAACUUGUCAAAAAAAAAUAAUUUUUUAACAUUACAAAAUUAAAUUUUAGAAUUUGAUUUUCGAAACAUCAUGAGGUUUGGUAUGUUUUUUUGAUUUUUCCACAAAAAUUCCCUGAUCAGAUUCAUUUUCAACAUAAACACCAAACCAUUUACAAAAAUCAUAAAUUUUAUUUUUAUUUUUCUUUUAAUGUAACGUUUUUUUUUAUUUCGUAAUAACAAAAGUAGUAGUUGUAGUAUAAAUUUUACUACUUAUCAACCACACUAUUUACAAGGGAUUUAUAUUAAAUAUUUUUUCGUAUUAUAAAAAGAAAAUUAUUUAAAAUUAAAUAUGUUUAGAUUAUAAUUUUUUGUCAAACACCGCUUAUUGUAUUAAUUGGAUUCAAUCUAAUUAAAUUUAUUGAAAAAAAGAAACGAAAAUAUAUUUUAUUCCUAGGAAACACUUUUAGUUUAAA